CGCGCUGACGGGGAGCGAGCCUCGGGUCCGUGAGCGCGUUCGGGAUUGGCGCUGAGGUGGGCGCCGGCAGAGCAAACCAACCUAGGAUGGCUGAUGCAGUAGGAAAGCAGGCUCUGGCCUCUGGUUCUCAGCAGAGCAUGUCUGCAGACAGGAGGCAGCACCCUUCCCUGCCAGGCAGAUGUUUCUGGAGCCCAUGAAGCCUGAGGAGCCUUUCAUCUCUAAGAGAUCAGGAUAGUAAACGCCUGGAUCCUCAGAAGACCUGCCAGCUCAGCACAAUGUCAGGAAGCCACAUACCUUCUGCUAGUGGCCCUUUCUCAGCCUUGACUCCAAGCAUAUGGCCCCAGGAGAUCCUGGCCAAGUAUACUCAGAAGGAAGAGUCAGCAGAGCAGCCAGAGUUCUGCUACGAUGAGUUUGGUUUUCGGGUGGACAAAGAAGGUGCUGAACCUGGAUCCAGCUCCCUGAUUGGGGCUUCUCUGGUGGAAGAUCCGCCGCAGAGGCUGCGGUGGCAGGCCCACCUAGAGUUCACCCACAAUCAUGACGUGGGGGACCUCACUUGGGACAAGAUUGCAGUCUCCUUGCCCCGCUCUGAGAAGCUCCGCUCCCUGGUGCUGGCUGGCAUUCCACAUGGCAUGAGACCCCAGCUGUGGAUGCGGCUCUCUGGGGCCUUGCAGAAGAAGAGGAACUCCGAGCUGUCCUACCGUGAGAUCGUGAAGAACAGCUCUAAUGAUGAGACUGUUGCUGCCAAACAGAUCGAGAAAGAUUUGUUGCGCACCAUGCCCAGCAAUGCCUGCUUUGCCAACGUGAACAGCAUCGGGGUGCCCCGUCUGCGCAGAGUCCUGCGAGCACUGGCCUGGCUCUACCCAGAGAUUGGCUACUGCCAGGGCACGGGCAUGGUGGCUGCCUGCCUCCUGCUGUUCCUGGAGGAGGAGGAUGCAUUCUGGAUGAUGUGUGCCAUCAUUGAGGACCUGCUCCCUGCCUCCUACUUCAGCACCACCUUGUUGGGCGUUCAGACUGACCAGCGAGUCCUGCGCCAUCUCAUCGUCCAGUACCUGCCUCGUUUGGACAAGCUGCUCCAGGAACACGACAUUGAGCUGUCUCUGAUCACGCUGCAUUGGUUCCUCACGGCUUUUGCCAGCGUGGUGCACAUCAAGCUGCUGCUGCGCAUCUGGGACCUGUUUUUCUACGAGGGUUCCCUGGUGCUGUUCCAGACCACGCUGGGCAUGCUGCGCCUCAAGGAGGAAGAACUGAUCCAGUCCGAGAACUCUGCCUCCAUCUUCAACACACUGUCAGACAUCCCAUCACAGAUUGGAGAUGCAGAGCUGCUCCUGGGGGAAGCCAUGCGACUGGCCGGCUCCCUCACUGAUGUGGCUGUGGAGACCCAACGCCGCAAGCAUUUGGCCUACCUCAUUGCAGACCAGGGCCAGCUCCUGGGAACUGGCACUGCUGCCAACCUCUCUCAGGUUGUUCGGCGUAGGACCCAGCGGAGGAAGUCGGCCAUCACCUCCCUGCUCUUUGGAGAGGAUGACCUGGAGGCCCUUAAGGCCAAGAACAUCAAGCAGACAGAACUGGUGGCUGACCUCCGAGAGGCCAUCCUGCGCGUGGCACGCCAUUUCCAGUGCAUAGACCCCAAAAACUGCAGUGUGGAGCUGACCCCAGACUACAGCAUGGAGAGCCACCAGCGGGACCAUGAGAACUAUGUGGCAUGUUCACGCAGUCACCGGCGUCGAGCAAAGGCCCUGCUAGACUUUGAACGACACGAUGAUGAUGAGCUGGGCUUCCGCAGGAAUGACAUCAUCACGAUCGUGUCUCAGAAGGACGAGCACUGCUGGGUGGGAGAGCUCAACGGCCUGAGAGGCUGGUUCCCAGCCAAGUUUGUGGAAGUCCUAGACGAACGGAGCAAAGAGUACUCCAUUGCGGGGGAUGAUUCAGUGACGGAGGGGGUCACAGACCUUGUGCGAGGGACCCUCUGCCCAGCCCUCAAGGCCUUGUUUGAACAUGGACUGAAGAGGCCAUCCUUGCUCGGGGGUGCUUGCCACCCCUGGCUGUUCAUUGAGGAGGCAGCAGGCCGGGAGGUGGAGAGAGACUUUGACUCGGUGUAUUCCCGCCUGGUACUCUGUAAGACCUACAGGUUGGACGAGGAUGGCAAAGUCCUGACCCCAGAGGAGCUGCUCUACCGGGCUGUGCAGUCUGUGAACGUGACCCACGAUGCGGCACACGCACAAAUGGAUGUCAAGCUCCGCUCACUGAUCUGCGUGGGGCUCAAUGAGCAGGUGCUGCACCUGUGGCUGGAGGUGCUCUGCUCCAGCCUACCCACUGUGGAGAAAUGGUAUCAGCCCUGGUCCUUCCUGCGCAGCCCUGGCUGGGUCCAGAUCAAGUGCGAGCUCCGGGUCCUCUGCUGUUUUGCCUUCAGCCUGUCCCAGGACUGGGAGCUCCCUGCAAAGAGAGAGGAAGAGAGGCAGCCACUCAAGGAGGGUGUUCAGGACAUGCUGGUGAAGCACCACCUUUUCAGCUGGGACAUAGAUGGGUGAUGCUUCUGCAGCCGCCCUCUCAGGCCCAGGCCUCCCCCAGCCAGGCCCUUCCUUCAAACAGGAAGAGAGUGGUACCACCUGCUAAGCUGUGGGGUCCAGGGAAGGAGAAAACUCCAGAGCCAUGUCUGGGCCCAUGACCAGGGUUCAGGAUUUCUUACUACAGGUUCCCACUGUUGGCAGGAGGAGGGUGCCCAGCUCAGCCUUUCCCUCCCAGGGUCCUAAGGAAGCCCUGGCCAGCUGCACAGUUCAUAUUAACCAAAAACCUUAUGAGGUGGUGGUGAGCUGCAUCUGUUGUCUUUGCUCAGGAAGCAGGGGUGUUUAAUGGCAGAUAAAGACCCCUUGACCUCUGGUUUUGUUUGUAAAUAAACAACUCUUUUAAGAAAA